GAGGCGGAGAUAAAAUGGAAGAAGAUGACACCUGGUGACCGGGGGGGAGGAAAGCGAGGAUAAUCAAAGUCGGAGUGACGAUUGUGAAGAGAAUCACAAUUGUAGCUGGGAUGUCUCAAAGAACAAACUUUCAGUCAGAUGACCUCAACGGGCCUGGUUUGGCCCCCUCCAUACCCAAACCAUCCACACCAGGACUUCUCCAGACACAGGACAUGAAAGCUAUUACCUUACCUGAAGAUGUGCAGGAGCUAUUGGUGGUCAAAGAAGAGAUUCCCUGGAGCCCCAGCGUGGACCAGCAUGACCUGGAGUCUUUUCACAUAAAGGAGGAAGACGAGGAACUGAAUGGACAGGACGAGGCCGAUAUCACCAAGCUGCUAUUUACUGCUGUUGCUGUGAAGAGGGAUGAUGAGGAUGAUGACUCUGAGAAACCUCAGUCCUCACUGGUUGAUAACUUUAAAACGGAAGACAACACAGAGGCUAAACCUCCACGCAGCAGCUCAACCCAGCAGAUGAAACCACUAACUGAUAGAGAGGACUGUGGACAGGCAGAGUCAGCCUUGAAUUCAGAUCCAAACAGUCACUUUGACUCAAGUGGUGAUGAAGAGGCGUCAGACUCCUCUGAGACCGAAGUCAGCGAUGAUGAUUAUUGGCAGAAAUCGUCAGAUUCUGAAGCUGAAACUGAAGAUGGCGACACUGACAGCAGCGAGAGCAGAGCACAGGAGUCAGGCGGUAAUAGUGACAAUGUAGCAUCUAACCCUGCCAAGAAGUCCUUCAGCUGCUCCGAGUGUGAUGAGGUGUUUAUGGACAGGCCGUCUCUUCAAGAACACGAGAAAUGUCACUUACAGAAAAAUAUGGAUUCAUUGACGACGGUCCACGCAGAAGAGAAAGUGUAUAGCUGUGACAUCUGUGGUAAAAGAUUCAACCGAAGGACGGAUGUUAAGAGACACAUGAUCCUUCACACAGGAAAGAAGCCAUUUGGUUGUGGGUUUUGUGGCAAAAGAUUUAACCAAAAGGGAAAUCUAAAGGUCCACAUGAGAGUCCACACAGGAGAUGAACUGUUUACCUGCAAUGUUUGUUGGAAAGUAUUUAAACAAAGGGCAGAUCUCAAGAAACACAUGGACCUCCACUCAGGGGAGGAUUUGUACGGCUGUGGCGUUUGUGGUAAAAGUUUUAAUCAGAAGGGACACCUUAAAAAACAUAUGAGUGUCCACAUCGGACACGAUCCGUUUUAUUGUAAUAAAUGUGACAAACAGUUUAAGUAUCUGUACAAUCUGUACAGGCACAUGAAAGUCCACACAGGAGAGAAACUGUGUGACUGCGGCAUUUGUGGCAAAAGAUUUAAACAAAGGUCGGGUCUCAAGAGACACAUGAGGGUCCACACGGGAGGGAAACUAUUCUCCUGUGACGUUUGCGGUAAAGGACUAACGCAGAAGGAAGGCCUGAAAAGACACAUGAGAGUCCACACGGGAGAGACGCGAUUCGGCUGUGACUUCUGCGGUAAAAGGUUUAGGCAGAAGGCCGAUCUAAACAAACACUUGAGAGUCCACACGGGAAACACGCCCUACCAGUGCAGCCACUGCAAGAAAAUGUUCAAGUAUAGGGACAACAUGAACAGGCACAUGAUAGUCCACACGGGAGAGAAACCGUUCAACUGUGACCUCUGCGGUAAAGGCUUUACCCAGAAAGGAACCCUGAAGAGACACAUGAUUGUCCACACUGGGGAGAAACCAUUCAGUUGUUGUGUUUGUGCUAAAAGGUUCACCCAAAGCGGAGCUCUGAACUCACACAUGAGACGCCAUAAACUGAAGGAGCAUUUGGUUGAGGUUGAAGUAACUUAGCUGCUGUGCCAGAACCUGUAUCCUCAGUCCUGCACUUAAACCAGGAGCCCAGUUGCUUUCAGCUUCAUGCAGUCAUGUACUAAAGUUACUAUACCCUCUUCAAAUUAGGAAUGGGCGAUAUUUUACCGUUCACAAUAUACCGUCAAAAAAUUCCCCACGGUAAGAAUUUGUCAUCUCGCGGUAAAAACGAUAAAUUCCCGUUGAUGACGCAGAAGGAUGGAAGGAAGGAAGGAAAUGAGCCAGAAAGAAAGA